AUGCAUCGCCAGUAGCAGAUCCUCAAGGUGCCGAGAAUUUAUCACUUAUGUAGCCUCACAGCCAGUUUACCGCAGGAGAGAACAGUGUGUGCGCCCAUGACGCGUUGAAAAGCACGAUCUCGAAGCGCGUGACGCGGGCCGACCGGAAUCGCGAGUGCCGCGUAAAACUACAGAAUGCGCCGGUAUUAGCAACAACGCGAGCAAGUGGCCAAGCUCUGGUCGACCGGUUCGGACAGCUAUGAGGAAAACGCCUGCCCGCUUCCUCAAUGUCUGCAAUUCUGCCGAGACAAGCGAGUUUGCGCAAGCGCCAGUGGGUGCUGUCUGUCGGAGAAUUGGAGGCGUUCAACACGGAUGCCGGGGAGACGAAUGCCAUUUUGCAGGCGCUGUGCCACAAGAACAACUACGGUUUCGUGGACGGCACAUGCGAGCUGAUGGGGAUGCUGAAGGCUGACGGCGUGCACCCGACGAAACAUGGUAGCCAGCUGUUGGGGUGCCUGCUACGUGCAGCCAUCAAGCAAGCAAGCAAGGACCUUGAGGCAAGCCACAAUGGAGCAUUACAGCAGCAGCACCAGAAAGAAAAGGACCACAAGAAGCUUCGAUUCCUGUACAGUGAUCAGUCAAACGGGCUGGCACAGUAUUGGAAUAAUGUAACUAAUUUCCCAGCUCUUUCCACAGACCCUAUGCUUGUUGUAGCCCCUGCAUCUCCAUGCAAAGAAAUGUGGUCAGACGUUGCACGGAAGUCUGAUUCUGCUUCCAUACAAUGUCACAGUGCGAUGUCAGUGACACCUAAGGUCGCAGAAACAGACACUGCUCAUGGGUACCCUUCGCUGCCAAUAACUGCAGUGGCAUGCACCAGGGCUUCAGCUGUGACUGUUUUCGCUCAAGUAGAACGGCACCCUGUGCGCGCUCCUGCACUUGUCGGUGGUGUGUGGAUGCAGCACAAAGUGAAGAAGACUGGGCGUACUGCCGUGCCACUUUGCUCUGCUGCUUUUGAGCAGAGCCCACCUUCUGACUGUGGGCCACCCGACGCCUGCGGCGUAACAUCCACGGUGAGCCCCCAGUCAGAAGGUGUGGUUCUGUGCAAGGGCAGCAGUGCAGCUGACACCAGCGCUUCCACACCUCGUGGUGAGCAGAAAGCAACUUCAGCAAAAUUGUCACAGAGCCAUAUUUGCACAGGUGGAGGAAAUCUUUCUGUAGGGAGCACAUUCAGCACUUAUAAGGAGUGUAAAGCUAGCUUUGAAGGAUGGAAAAGUGAAGGGUUCCAUCCGAUGCGUAUUGAAAAAUCAGAUAAAAACCCAUUGUGUACUGAAAAAGAUUUAAACAAAGCAGACUUUCCUUAUGUUCGAGUUAAAUUUGUCUGUUGCCACGCAGGGCAUCCAAAUCCGAGAGGACAAAAUAUUCGACCUAAUCAACGCUUCAACGGUACAGGUUGCAACGUUGAACUUAAGCUUGCGCUGCGGGUUUCUCCACAGCCCUAUUAUGAAGUUGUAAAUUUAGCGGAUGUGCACAACCAUAAAAUAGGUCCCGAGAUUUUUGUAUGGUACAAUAAUAAUCGAGCAUUAAGUGCUUCUGAAAAAGAGCAAUUUCAGGAGUUGAUUUCUUGUAAUGUGAAACCUAAAGACCUAAAGGAUGCCAUUCUGAGGAAAACGGGAAAACACGUUACUUCUCGUGAUAUUAUAAACAUGAAGCAUAGAACAGUUCUAAAAAUUCAGGACAAUGCUCAUCAUGGAGCCCUUCUGUUAGAAAAAAUCAACGAAUUGUUUUCAGAAAACUCUGGGUGGAAGGUUCAUAUUGAAAAGAAUACAGAAAAUGGUCUCUUGUACAUAUUGCUUCAAUCAGAGCAUACGGCCCAGUUACUAGAAAAAUACCCUGAAGUGUUGUUCUUUGAUGGUACGUAUAAAGUUAAUAAAGAAGGGUAUAUCUUGCAUUCGAUUCUGUGUGAAGAUGGAACAAGCCAUGGGAGGCCUGUAUGUUAUGCAUUUGUUCAGCGGGAGACAUCAGAAAUAUUAGUCUUUCCUAGAGACAUUCCUUUGUUUGAAUCCUGUCGUAGAGGAGAAGUGCACAAUUGUGGUAAUGGACAAAGAUUUAAAUGAAAUGAAUAUAAUUCAGUAGCUUCUGGCCAAAUGUAGAAUCUUGUUGUGUUCGUGGCACGUGUUAAAGUACUUACACACGAAAGUGAUGCAGCAUAAGUCAAACAGUCUAGAUAAGAAGUAUGUUAAAGAUAUAAUUACGAAACUGGUUUUUGCACAUACCGUAGAUAUAUAUCAAAGGCACUUGCAGGACUUGGAAAAAGCACUUGAAAAUGACAAAGCCCUUGUGCAGUACUUUUAAGAAAAUUGGCACAGCUGCAAGAUCAUGUGGGUUCAUGCUUAUCGUGCAAAUGCAUGU